GAAUAGCCCAGCGGUUAGCAGGACGAACCACAAUACAAAAUAGCCACCUGAACCCUUCUACGAAUAUUGUUUUAACACACACAUUUCAACAAUGGCUGCGGCUGUGGUAAACAUCACCAACUCGCCUUCCACCCUUUUUGUCUUCGGCCAGCAUCAAUGCAAUGACCACUCCCCGCCGGACGAUUCUCGCCUCCCUCCUCUUCAUCCUCAACAUCUGCUACGUCUGGCACAAACUGCCCACCAAGCCGAAACGGACACUUGAACACCGGCAAUCGCAGCUCUGGCAUCAGCUCCACCCUCUACUAACCCAACAUGCCCCGAACUGCCCACCCCCCAUCCUCCACGGCACAGCCGGCACCCAUCGAUUCGACGCCACCAACCCCCUCCCUCGCGAGAACUACAUCCUCAACAGCGAAGAUAUUCUACUCCCAAUGCAGGCCGCACACGACAGCUUCGUCCGCGCCAUCCGCCACACCAACUUCGAAUCCGCAUACAACCCCGGAACAAGAGGGAUCGUCACCGCAGGCGGAGGAACUUACCUCCCCGCCUUCACGGUAACCCUCAAGCUCCUCCGGCGCACCGGCUCCACCCUCCCCGUCGAGGUCUUCCUGAAGGACGCGACGGAGUACGAGGCUACCGUGUGCGAGACCAUCCUGCCUCCGCUGGGAGCGAAAUGCAUUCUCCUCUCCGACCUCACGCCGGAUCUGGACUUCGAGCGCAUCAUCGGUUUCCAGCUCAAGGCCCUGGCGAUGCUCUUCUCCUCGUUCGAGGAUGUCCUCUGGCUGGACGCGGACUGCGUCCCGCUGCAUGAUCCAGCUCCGCUGCUUGGUUCUGAGCCCUUCGCGACAAAAGGGCUGGUGAGCUGGCCCGAUUUCUGGGCUGACACCGCCAGUCCAAUUUAUUUCGAGGUCUCUCGGCGGGAGGAGCUGGACGCGACGACUGCGAGGGCGAGGGCGGCGAGCGAAGCGGGUAUGCUUCUCCUUUCGAAGAGGUCGCACUUCGAUAUGCUGCUCCUGGCUGUGUAUUAUAACUUCUACGGUCCGGAAUUCUACUACCCCAUCCUCAGCCAGGGUGCCCCGGGCGCAGGGGAUAAGGAUACCUUCCUCCAUGCUGCGACCGCCCUGGACGCGGACUUCUACGCGGUGCGCGCGCCCCCGGUGGACCUAGGUCGGAUGAACACGGGUGGGAAGUCGACGAUGGCGCUCAAUUCGGGGUUCAUUCAGGCAGACCCCAUACAGGAUUACGCGAAGGUCCGUUCGGGCGGAGAAAAUGGGAGUGCUCCGCGGGCGUUCUUCAUUCACGCUGGCAAUCCGGAGUUCAAUCCGGGAAAGGAGCUGCUGGGGAGGAAGCUGAAAGGGUUGGACGGACGGCCGGCCAGGUUGUGGACGUAUCCACCUGAGGCGUUAGCUCGAGUUGGCUUUGAUGCGGAGAGGGUGUUCUGGGAGGAGACAGUUGCUGUGGCUUGCGAGAUGGAGGAGGUAUUUGAGUCGUGGGAGGGAAAACGGGGAUUGUGCGAGAAGGUACGGGCGCAUUUCACAGAUGUUUUCGCAGUCGAUGCGGUUGGUUUGGGAUUUUGAUUGUUUAAGCCUUUUUAAUUGUGGGUUGGCUUCUUGCCUUUUUUGCCUUCUUGUAUAUAGGCAGUCGGCGGCGUCCUAAGCAUUGUACUGGAGAGGUCGCGAAUCCCAGGCCAUUCAUGUGUAAUAUUGGUGAACUGAGAGAAAGAAACGAGGCUAGUUUACCAUAAGCCUAUUUAUAUCAACGCUUGUUUGCUAGCGGCGCUUGUUGAACGUUAGGGCGCGUGUUGAGACCUUAUACCAUGUGCAUUGGUCCUCCUCGUGGCCUUGACAGGGGGACAGCAGGGGUAGGUCUAGC